AAAGUUGAUGUUUUAGGAUCCGGGAUCUCAUCAAAAGUUGAAUUAUAUUACAAGAAGCAAGAGGAUGAAUAUUAUGCUGUAAAGGUUUUCAGAGGGAAAGAAAGUUAUGAAACAAAAGAUGAAUAUAAAAGCAGGUGCUUUAUGGAAUACGAUAUUGCAAAAGAAUUGAAUCAUCCGAAUAUUGCAAAGACAUAUAACUUCAUUUCUGGGGUAUCAACUAAUGAGUUGGUACUAGAGUAUGCUCCAUAUCCACUACUCAGGGUUAUUCAAUCAGCAAGACCAUAUGAAGAAGAAUUGUUUUGCUUUUUCAGACAGGUAUGUGAAGGAAUAAACUAUCUUCACCGUAAAGGUAUAGCUCAUAGGGAUUUGAAGUUGGAGAAUAUGCAGCUAGAUGAGCAUGGGACCGUUAAGCUUAUAGAUUUCGGAACAGCUUUUUAUUAUGGAACUAAAGAGAAGAAGCCAGCUUGUGGAGUUGUUGGUACAGAAGCAUUAGUGUCCCCGGAAGCAAUGUCGCACUUGGAGUAUGACGGUGAGGCUAGUGAUAUAUGGGCACUUGGUAUCGUUCUAUACAGUAUGUUAAAUUUGGAUUUCCCAUGGAAGGCAGCUAGAGAAUCAGACCCAGAUUUCAAGGCUUUCAAA